CAUUAAUUCCACGACUGCAUUCAACAUCAUAAAAAAAUUUUUUUCUCUUGGUUACCUCUAAUUAGUAACAAGUCCAUAUUUUUUUUCUAUCAAAAACCAAGAAAUAAACUAAUCUUCUAUGGCAUCCUCUCCUGAACUCAAAUCCGUUGCUUUGAUGGACCAAAUGAAGACCCACUUUUCGACCGACGCUGGCAAAGCUCUCACCAAAAAAAUCAACCUUGUUUACCAAAUUCACAUUGCUCCCAAGAAAGUGGGAUUCAACGAAGAGAUUUACGUUGUUGAUUUGAAGAAAGGAGAAGUUACCAAAGGCCCAUAUGGAGAAGGAAAGCCGGAUGCCACAUUUAGUUUCACGGAUGCAGAUUUCUUUAAAAUCGCCACUGGGAAAAUGAAUCCUCAAAUGGCUUUCAUGAUGGGUAAAAUGAAAGUGAAGGGUAGUUUGAGUGCAGCCCAAAAGUUCACACCUGACAUCUUUCCUAAACCCUCAAAGAUGUAGUAAGCAAGACAUGAUCAUGUGAUGCUUAGAAGUACUAGGAUGAACUGAUGAAGUCACACAAGACGAUUGGUUACCAAAAAUCCUACAGACACGUUCUGUAUUGCUAUACGUACCGGUUGUAAUCUACUUGCUCCACAAACAAAAUAAAUCCUCAAAAUUUUAUUUGUUAAUUUGCAAUGGUUUUGAUUUUUA